AUCCUGGCUCAUCCGUCCCAGGCGGACAAAUGAUUGACGAAGCUAGGUGCGGUGAUGUCUUCUUAUGAUUAGUGUGGUAACACUACGAGAUUAAGAUGGCUUUUCUCGUUCGACCUUGUGCGAGUCAGUGCAAGUACUAUACUCUGAGCGCAGCCUCAUAGUUCUUGUGAAUUCUUCGUCACUCGCUCAUCAUGCAUUUCAAGACAGUUUCAUUACUGGCAGCAGCCGCUGCGCCAGCUUCGGUGCUCGCAGUGCCAUCUGUUCAGACACGGUCCUAUGGCAACAACACAACAUGUCGAAAAACCACUGUUGCAGUCUUAGGUGCAGGUGUCGCUGGAAUAACAGCAGCACAAGCACUAGCCAACCAAUCCAUCACCGAUUUUCUCAUCGUGGAGUAUAACGAGCAAGUUGGCGGCCGCAUGCGCCACGCUAACUUCGGAUCUGAUGGUUCCGGUAACCCGUAUGUUGUGGAGCUUGGUGCCAACUGGAUCUCCGGGACGGGCACACCUAAUGGACCUGAAAACCCGGUAUGGACCUUUUCUAAGCAAACCAAUCUGUCGAGUACAUACUCGAACUUGAGCAAUAUCGCCACAUACGAUGAGACUGGCGCCUCUAAUUACAUGGACAUCCUCGAUGAGUAUGACGAGAUAGCCGGUGCCGUUGAGCAGGCUACCGGAAGGAUUUUGUCAGAGAAUCUCCAAGAUCGGAGCCAGCGUGCAGUCUUGUCCGAGAAUGGCUGGAAGACUAAGCGUGACUCCCACAGAAAGGUUGUCGAUUGGUGGUAUUUCGACUGGGAUGCAGCGGCAACACCCGAGGAAUCGAGCUCUGUGUUCGCAAUCACAGCAUCCAACCUUACGUACUACCAGUUCAAGGAUGAAGACUUCUUCAGCAUUGACCAGCGCGGAUACAACACCUGGCUCAAGGGUGAAGCGUCGAAGUUUCUACAGCCAAACGACCGUCGACUUCUCUUUAACACCACUGUCACGGCCAUCGAGUACUCUGACUCUGGUGUCAAAGUCACGAAUGAGGACGGAUCAUGCAUUGAAGCCGAAUACGCCAUCUGCACAUUUGCGCUAGGUGUCCUUCAGGAAGAAGUAGUCGAGUUCACUCCCGUUCUCCCUGAAUGGAAGCAGUCUUCCAUCGCCACCUUCGGUAUGGGCACGUACACCAAGAUUUUCAUGCAGUUCAACGAGACUUUCUGGCCCGCGGACAAAGAGUUCUUCUUAUACGCCCAUCCCACUACACGUGGAUACUACCCUCAAUUCCAGUCACUUUCAACCGAAGGCUUCUUGCCCGGCAGCAACAUCCUUUUCGCCACCGUCGUCGAUGAGCAGAGUGCCCGCAUCGAGGCGCAGGAUGACGAGACUACAAAGGCAGAACUCAUGGAGGUUUUGCGCCAGAUGUUUCCUGAUAUCGAUGUCCCGGAGCCGAUCGACUUCAUGUACCCUCGCUGGGGCCAGACGCCCUGGACAUACGGUAGUUACUCCAACUGGCCUGCCGGUACAACCCUGGAGAUGCACCAAAACCUGCGCGCAAAUGUCGAUAGGCUGUACUUUGCUGGUGAGCAUACAUCUGCCGAGUACUUUGGCUUUUUGCACGGUUCGUGGUUCGAAGGACAAGAAGCUGGUCAGCGUAUCGCUGGUGCGCUUGGCAAAGACUGCUUGAACGAAGGCAGUGGCUGUGGAGAUUACAAGAGAUACGAAGUCUUGCAUGGCACGACUGAGAGGUCGGAGUACAACGACUACAAUGGCAUGGGCGCGGAUCCAUUCUUCAUAUCCGAGGGCGAUGAGACCGACAUUGGUUCUAUCACUCGCCGCAGCCUGAAGCGAUCCGGCCAUGAGAGACGCUACCACAAGUAAAGUAGCUUAAAUACCUCCUUGAAGUAGACUGGUAACAAAGCACUAAUUUAGAUGAACGCAUUAUUAUACUUGUACACUUUACUAUAAGCCUAAAUAAAUGUAAC